AUGAACUCCAUGCCCUCCGAAGCGGCCCCUCCGCCAUACUUCCCAAGAGCAAUCUUCAUGUCACAAGACUUGGAAACGGCGUCGAUCCGUUCUGCUUGCCCUUCGUAUGAGUCCACAGUUCCAGUAAACAAUCGUCCACGUGAGGGUCUUCCACCCAUCCCGCCAAUUGCUCGUACUCGUGCCAAUUCGAAACCCUCACUUGAUGACGCAUUCCGAAACCCGACAUGGUCUCGAGUCCAUGUUGCAAACCCGACGUCAAGAGCGUAUCACUCGAUAGCAGUUCGACGAGCGUCAGCGCUUACUGUGCAAGAACAGUCUAGCUUACUGCUGGCCGCUGUCAAUGGCGAAAACGCAAUUGCACAGCUAAAGAAAAGGAUGGACGACGAAGAAAGAGAGCGGUCGAUUCGGACGAAAGAAGAUCCGAGUCUGGUUGGCGAAGAAGCUGCCAGAGAAAAUAGGGAAGAGAGAUUGAGGAGAGAGAAUGGAUGUGGAGUCCUGGAACGCGAAAAUGUUCGGUGGGACUGGCUUCUUUCGCAGAUGAAUGAUUGGGAGGAGCGUGAGAAGUCUUGGAAGAAAUUCCACCGAGUCGAAGAAGGGAAAGGUUCGAAGCUAGCGAGAAGAUUCGGGUUAUCGAAGCGUCCUUGA